GCGCGUUUGGUCGAGCUCAUGGGGGACAUUUUCUUUUAUGCGUUUAACAGAUGUAGGGGAGUAGUGGGUGACGUCACGUCACGCUCGCCCUCGGAGAGUGGCGUCGCAGAACGUGAUGUCAGGCGGACCCUGGGGGGACGGUGACGUCAUGCCCCAGGGGGGUAUUUAAAGGGGGACCCGGGAUGUAACGGAGGUAGUCGGCGGUAGGAGUAGGGACUCAGGGGAGCUGAUCCUCACCCGAGGCUAGGGGAGGCUACAACGCCCGACCGGCCGAGGUUGGGAUAGUCCCGGCCUGGGGCAGGGAGGAGAGCCGAGUGAGCCGGGGUUGUAGGGAUCCUGGUACCCCUGUCCCCUGGGGAGUUAUCGGCUAGGGGGGUGGGUUGGCGUAAGCCCCUAACACACUUUGGCGUAAGCCCUUAAUAAAUGUGGCGUGAGCCCCUAACCGCAACCUGCUUCGGAGUCGUGGAUUGCGCCGCAACAACUGGUGUCAGGAGUGGCUUCGUCCCUCGCCGCCAUGUCACGACCCGGCAAGAGACAAAGGCUCAUGUCGGCGGUGCAGUUCUGCGACGAGGAGGACGUCGGGGAGGGCCUCGCGACGAACCCGGGGGCCUGGGCCCGGGAACAUCGCCCCGUGGAGCCGGCUUGGCUGGAGCGGGAGGGGACGGUGGCUGCAGGAGCUGCCGCGCCGCCGCCGGACACGUGGCGGGCCAUCGUGGGGCAGCUGGAGCUGCUCCAGCACACGCUGGGCCAGCUCGUCAUCACCAUGGCCGAGGUGGGGCGUCGCGUCCUCGCACCGGCCACGGGGUUCGACAGGCUGCGCUGGGUUCCCGCCGGUUCGUCUCCCGGCCAAUCCGCAAUUAGCGUCGGCUCAUCGGCCGGCGCGUCACUGGAGUUGGGCGCCAUGUUGCGUGCGACACCGGAGUCGGCCGCCAUGUCCACUGUCAUGGCCGCGCCCAUGGGCGCCGCGGCGCCAGCUGGCACUGCCGGUGUGAGCGCGGCUGUGCGGCGCACCGCGACUCCGGUUCGCGCCGCGUACACGACCGCGGCUCCGCAGCUCGGCGCGUAUUCCUGGCUGGACGCGGGGCCGAAGGCCACCCGGCGGUCCGACGUCGCUGCGGCUGCCGUGGGGACGGCGUCGGGCGGGGCUGGAGGUGAGUAUCGGCCGGGUGGGUUGCUGUGGGGACCGCAGCUGCGCCGGUUGCCCCCUGUCGCGCCGUUCACCGCGAAGGGGGGCGACUGACUUCCAGGCCCGGUUUGAGGUCACCUACGAGUCGGUGGGGUGGCCCAUGGAGGAGGCGCUGCGGGCUCUUCCAACCUGCCGAGAUGCACGUGCGUUGCAGGCGUACCGGAGCAUCCCGCCAGCUGACAGGGCAGAUGGCUGUGGUAUUUGAGCCGCCUUCGAGGGCACGCCUCAAAUUUUCCACGCGCCGGCGUAAGGAGGGGAAGUCGCCCUUGGCCUUCCGGUGUGCGCUCCUAGCACUGGCCCGGGCCGCCUACCCCGAUCUGGAGGGGAUGGGCUUGGACUCCCUAGCCCUCGACAGGUUGUUGGCCCUCGCGGCUGAGCUGGGCAUCAUGUUGUCCAUCCCAGAAGAGGCCCAGAUAACUUCGCUGACCGUGGCGCAAAACAUGCAGGCUCACCUCGCCCUGCGACGCCCAGCCGUGGUGGUGGCCUGCGCGGGCGUCCCGCUACUGGCGGCGCUGGAUGCUGGAGUCGCGGCUCAGGGUGAGGGCACCCUCGCGGCUGUGGCCGCCUUCGACCGCCGCGGGGGGGGCACCGCUGAUCGCCGGCCGGAGAGGCGGUGGCGGGCGGGACCUCCUCGUCCGCAAGGCACGGGGCAGGUCACCUGCUUCCGAUGUGGCCAGCAGGGCCACUUCGAGCGGGGCUGUAAUAACGCCCCCGGGGCCUUCGUACGGGCCUCCCCUUCUGCCACCGGUUCUCUGACGACGGGGCCUUCGCGCCCACAGGUGAGUUGCGACGCAUCAAUCACGCGGCUGCUCACUUCACCUCCCGCACCUCGCGGGGUUAGGGUCCAUCCUCAGGGGGUCAUUUCGAGGGGGUCGGGCUCGUGGGUCCCACGGUCGGUCACGUCGGGGGGUGGCCCAGAAGGACCCUUCAGUGGAGGGCCCUCGCGCAUCACGUGGUGGCUGCCACUGCGGGGUCCUCGGCCGUUGCGGGACGCGUGCAGGGUGUGGACGUGCGAAUCUUCGUGGAUACAGGUGCAUCUGCCACCAUGGUUUCGGAGACCAUUUAUCGGCUGGUGCCACGCAACGGGCCGACGCUGGGCGGUUGCAUUUUCUGCAACCCCCCUCUGGGUUGCCACCCUUGGCCACGAGUGUGCGGGCCCUGACCACGAGGUCCGUCACCAUCCCGCCCGGGUCUCAGGUCUUGCUACCCCUCAGGCUGAGCAGUCCGUUGAAAUUGGAGUCCCCGGGUACAGGUAUCCUCCUGUCUCCCUCCAAUUAUUUCUUGAGGUCCGACGGGUUGGUGGGCGCCUUGACGGCCGUGUCGGCGGGCCGGGAUCCCUUUUUACAGCCCCUGAAUUUGGGGCCCUUGCCGGUCAUUGUCCCGGUGGGUGCGGUGUUGGCGCACGCCAUCCCGGGUCCUCCGGCCGACGGCGCUAGGCCUCUGGGAGGGGUUGUGGCUGGCGUGCUGCCCAUAGGGAGGACCGAUGCAUCAUGGAUCGAUGCGUUGUGCAAUGAGCAUGUCUCGUUGUCCUCCACGGAGCGCCAGCGGCUCCGGAAUCUCAUCAUCAGGUUCACCGAUGUGUUUAGCCAGAGUUAAUUCGAUUUAGGACAUACCACUCUCCUGGAACAUUACAUUGAUCCGGGCGAUUCGGCCCCUAUUUGGCUAAAUUCACACCGCUUUAGCCCGGUGGAAAAGGAUCAUGUCCGCUCCGCGGUUGAUGAGAUAUUGGCGGCGGACAUCAUCUCUCCAUCCACCAGCCCAUGGGGUGCCCCCAUUGUGCUGGUCAAGAAACGGGACGGGAGUCUCCGUUUCUGCGUCGACUUCCGUAAAUUGAACAAGAUCUCGGUGGCUGAUGCAUAUCCAUUGCCUCGCAUGGAUGAUUCCUUCAACGCUUUCUUGGGUGCGCGGUUCUUUUCGACCCUAGACUUGCUCUCGGGCUUCUGGCAUUUGCCGCUUGACGAGGCCUCCAGACCUAAGACCGCGUUCUGCACACCCCAGGGGUUGUUCCAAUUUAAUCGGCUUCCUAUGGGUCUUCAUUCGGCCCCGGCCACCUUUCAGUGUCUUAUGGAGAUGGUCUUGGCGGAGCUGCAGUGGGAAUCUUGUCUAAUCUACUUGGAAGACGUGAUUGUUUUUGGUCGCACAUUUGACGAGCACUUGCUUCGUCUGGAGGCUGUUCGCCAAGGUGCGCGCCGCGGGCUUGAAGUUCAAACCCCAGAAGUGUCAUUUGUUGCAGCCAUCGGUGAAGUAUUUGGGACACAUUGUGAGUGUGUCAGGUGUGGUCACGGAUCCGGAAAAUACUGCUUGUGUUUGGACGUGGCCGACUCCCACAUCUAUCGCUGAGGUGCAUAGUUUUGUUGGCUUCGCAUCGUAUUAUCGCCAGUUCGUCCGCGAUUUUGCGACUAUUGCGAAACCACUGCACGCUCUCUCUGCCAAGGGGUCAGAAAUUUCGCUGGGGGAAAGAGGAGGAGGCUGCUUUCGGGGUGCUUUGGAGGGCCUUGGCGGGUGCGCCGCCUUUGGGGUACCCAGAUUUCUCUAGGCUGUUCCUCCUCGACACCGAUGCCAGUGAACACGGGCAUUGGGGCUGUUCUCGCCCAGGUGAUCGAUGGGGUUGAAAGGGUGGUGGCCUACGGCAGCGGGUACUGUCUCCCACUGAGCAGCGGUAUUGCAUGACCAGGAGGGAGCUGCUGGCUAUUGUUUUUUUUUGUCCAGCUCUACUUGCCGUAUUUGUAUGGUCGCCGGUUCACCGUCCGGACCGACCAUGCGGCCCUCCAGUAUUCCUUGCGGAUUGACCAACCCUUGGGCCAGAUGUCCCGCUGGCUCGAGGUGCUCCAGGAGUACCCCUUCGAUGUCAUCCAUAGGAAGGGGACUCGGCAUGGGAAUGCCGAUGGCCUUUCCAGGCUGUGCCCGGACGGCGGGUGCGCUUGUGCCCUGGGUUCCAGCUGCUGUAAGGCCCCAGUGGACACCACGGCCCAGUUGGUCGCAUCGGCCAAAGCAGCGCCCCCUCCGGGUGUGGCAUUGCCUGUGGAUUUCGGUCUGGGGCUCCCCCGGGAGGUAUGGUCUAAGUUGCAGAUGGAGGAUUCCUCUCUUCUGAGGCUGUGACGCCGUGUGGACUCGAAGACCCGGAGCUCCGCUCCGUCGGCUGCCCCGGUGAUCGCCGUACAUGACGGCCUCCUCAUGCGUUGGGAUGCCCAGUUGGAACGCUAUUGUAUGGUUGUGCCCAUUGGCUUGCGAGGUAAGUUGACCAGGGUCAUUCACGAGAAACUUAUGCACCUCGGCUACCAUAAGACCUUGUUAACCCUUAAACGGGACUACUAUUGGCCGGGUGUGGAGGAUGCUGUGGCCCUUAUUUUGAAAGGUUGUCACGAAUGCGCGCAGAGGAAGGCCCCAGUGGGUCAAAAUCGGGCCCCGCUGCAGUCCGUCCGGGUUUCUCGUGUGAAUGAGCUUGUGGCACUCGACAUUUUGGGGCCAUUCCCUGCAUCCCAACGGGGCCACAGGUACCUCUUGGUGGGGGUGGAGUACCUCACGCAUUGGCCUAUGGCGUGGCCUCUGGUGGACCAAUCGGCCUCAUCCAUCACUGAGGCAUUCGUUCAGGGGUAUAUUCUUGAUAAGGGGGCGCCAGAACAGCUCUUGACUGAUCAGGGGUGGAAUUUUUCUUCUCGUUUGCUCAAGGAGGUCUGUGACCUCCUUGGGACGAAGAAGGUCCGCACCUCGCCCUACCACCCCCAGUCCGACGAGAUGGUAGAGCGACUGAACCAUACGCUGACUUCUAUGCUGUGCCAUCAUGUGAGCGCGUCCCAAUCGGACUGGGACCUGUUCAUCCCGGGGGUGCUGGCCGCGUACAGGUUGGCUCCUCAUGCCUCGACGGGGUUCUCCCCAUUUUAUCUCAUGUAUGGGAGGGAACCCGAGCCCCCGAUGCAUGUCCAGUUGGACCUGGGGCUUUCCAGGAAGGUCUCGCCUGUCCCUGCGCCCAUGAGGGUCGUGCUCGAUCGGCUGCGCGAGGCGCGGCAAGCAGCGAUGGAGAUUUCGACCAGCCGGCAGGCAGCUACCGAGCACCUGCCCAAACACCAGGUUGCUGGCCUUCCGUGGGAAAGGGGCCAGCUGGCAUGGCUGCACUGCCCCCAAGUGCCUGUUGGCACGUCCCCAAAGUUGCAUCGCCCUUGGCGGGGUCCCGUCAAGGUGGUGGGGGUUCUUCGGCCACAGUGUGUGCGGGUUGUACCGCCGGGCCUCCCGGGUUCAUCCCCACUUCUGGAGCGGCCGCCGAUUGAUGCAUGCGACAAGCCGGGCCGGGUGGGUUCUGAGGACGAGGGCGUUGCCCUGCCCGUGUGUGCGCCCGCAGAGCCCCCGCAGGUGAAGCUGGCGGUGUCGGGCCGUGCGGGAGGG